GCCUGUGAUGAAUCCCACCGCCAUCGCCGACCAACCGCCGCCGGUGCUGCCGUUGCAGCCACCACGAUCAUCCUUCAGCUGUGACCGCCAUCCUGACGAGAACUUCACCGGUUUCUGUCCAUCAUGCCUCUGCGAACGUCUCACUACUCUAGAUCAGUCAGCCAAUGCUGCCGUUGCUUCAUCUUCUUCCCGACGUAACUCUACAUCAUCAUCCACCGCCGCUGCCGCAAUUAAGGCUAUUUUUCGAGUUCCUUCUUCCAUCAAUAUCUCAGAAGCAAACAAAAGCAAGACGACGACGACAAGAGCAGCAGCAGCAGCAACAACAACAACCAGAAAUUCGUUCUUACCGGAGCUCCGACGAACCAAAUCUUUCUCCGCUUCGAAGAAUGAAGGACUAUCGAUCUCGGCUUGUGUUUAUGAGCCUCAACGGAAGUCCUGCGACGUCAGGGGACGGAACACUCUGUGGUCACUCUUCUCAAUCCACGACGAUAACAAACCUAGGCACUCCUAUUCUCAACAACAAAUUCUAGGCAACAACGGCAUCGUUCUCGAAACCAACAGAGAAAACGAAGAAGAAGAUCACGAAGAAGAUCAUGAAGAAGAUCCAGUUCACAACGAAGACAAUGAUGGCGACGAAAUUAGGGUUACUGAGGAACUAGACGUGAGAAGUGUGAAUGAUUUAGACAACAACAUUGUGGAAGAGGUGGCUGAAAUUGAUGAAAAAGAGGAUGCAACUGUCGAAGUCUUGAAGCCAAUGAAGGAUCACAUAGAUCUCGACUCGCAGUCGAAAAAGCCCUCAUUAUCAAAUCUCUGGUCAGCAGCGUCUGUUUUGAGCAAGAAAUGGCAUAAAUGGAGAAGAAAGCAGAAGAAGAGUGGCGUCACUAGUAAUGGCGUCAUAUUAACGGCUACAUUGCCGCCGAAGAAACCGAUUUCGCGUAAAUACCGCGAGACUCAGUCUGAAAUCGCCGAUUACGGUUUCGGACGGCGAUCGUGCGACACCGACCCUAGGUUUUCACUGGAUGCGGGUCGGAUGUCGUUUGAUGACCCGAGAUACUCGUUUGACGAGCCUAGGGCUUCAUGGGAUGGAUAUUUGAUUGGUAGGACCUUCCCACGGCUGCCUCCCAUGGUGGAAGAUGUUCCCGUUGUACACGUCCCUCGUUGUGAUACGCAAAUCCCUGUUGAAGAUCCUUCGAUGGCGGACGAUAAUAUCCCGGGUGGGUCAACCCAGACCCGAGAAUAUUAUCUGGAUUCUUCCUCUAAACGGAGGAAGAGCCUUGACAGAUCCAAUUCCAUUCGAAAAAUGGCUGCCGCUGUAGUUGCAGAGUUGGAUGAAACAAAGGUGACUCCAAUUGUUUCAAAUGCCAAAGUCUCACCUGCCACCAUUGAUAACAAUCCUGUUCAUGGAAGUUCAAAGUUUGCAAGCGUAACCUUUGAUAACGAACCCCCAAGGGUUUCAGCUUCAAAUUCGUUGAGAGAUGAUUGUUCAGAAACUUUUGAAUUGGGAUUUAGGGAUAAUGGGAUUGGGACUGCAAUUGGGUUAGAGAAGAAGGAGAUGAAGAAAUCCCGCCGGUGGAGCUGGAAGAUAUGGGGGUUUAUCCACCGCCGGAAUUCAGGGAAUAAAGACGAUGAUGAAGACCGGUGCAGUAGUGUUAAUGGAGUGGGAAGAUCUUACUCAGAAUCUUGGCAAGAUUUACGGGGAGAAGGCAAUAACGAAGCAAAUGGUGGGAUUAACAAGAAAAUCUUUCGAAGCAAUAGUAGCGUCAGCUGGAGAAGUUCUUCAUAUAACACGAGGAAAUCGAACUCUAAGAUGAAUGGUAAAAUCAUGGGAAACGAACAAGGGUUUGGGAACGGCAAGAACAAGAGAAACGGAGAAGAGUUUGUUCUUGAACGGAAUCGUAGUGCAAGAUACUCGCCAACCCACAUCGACAACGGGCUUUUACGAUUCUAUUUGGCGCCAAUGAGCGGCAGUCGAAGAGGUGGAAUUGGGAUCACAAGUAGACCAACGACUAAUUCCCAUUCGAUUUCCAGAAGCAUGCUUGGGCUAUACUGAAACCCCGAAAAGGUCGAUCGUCUUUUCUUGCAUUUCAUGUUGUAAUAACACAUGUUUGCUUAUGUUUUAUGUAUCUUAAAAUUGGUUGGUUAAUUGGGUUCCCAUUCCAUUAUGUUAAUUGCUUGGUGUUAGUUCUCAUUAGCAUGCUCUGCCACUUCAUUUUAAAUGAAUAACAUCAAAAUUCUUUUCUU